UUAAAUUAAGAAUGAGUAUAUGUAUAAGCAAUGAAAACUCCAGAAUCACAAUCCUCCUCCUCUUAGGGCGUCGGCCUCGAUCUCUCCCUUUUACUACACAAAAUAUUAAGCUCAUUUCGAGAAAACAAUAAUUAAAUUCCAAAACGAAUACUAAAAAAAAUGAAGCAAAAGAAUAACCGCCUUUUCUUUUCUCUCGUCUUUUCGUCAUCACUUACUCGGUCGGUACUCUUUUGUUUCUGGUGUCCCGAACUCAAAUGGAGAACGGAAUCCCCCGCCGCUCAGUCUCUUUUGUUUCUGCCGUGCUUUUGUUUCUCCCGUCUCAUCUUUUGAUCAGGUACACACUCUUUCCUUGUUGCGCCUUUCUUUUCCACCGCCACCGUGAUCUCCACUCUGAUCGUCAACUCCCUCUGCUCCUCCGUCGUGAAAAGAUGCCACCGCCGCCGCCUCCAAACAACACUACAAAUGAUGAUUCGAUUACCACCACCGUCGCCGCCCCUCCUCCACCCGGCGCCGAUGAACACCUGCAGUCGAUUCUAGCCUCCGCUCGGCCAUUCCUCCGCGGCGAGCUCGAAUCGGUGGACGAGAACCUGCCCCGGCUCCUCGCCGUCCUGCGCUCCGUCGGCGCAGGGGAGUGCUGGCACAAGCACGGCAGCUUCCUCGACCACCUCCUCCACACCUACCGCAUCCUCAAGCUGUGGGGGGCUCCAGACGCCGUCUGCCUCUGCGGCCUCUUCCACUCCGCCUAUUCCAACGCCUACGUCAACCUCGCCAUCUUCGACCCUUCCACCGGCCGCGACGUCGUCAGGGCGCACGUCGGCGACGACGCAGAGAGCCUGAUUCACCUGUUCUGCGUCGUCCCCCGGCACUCCCUGAUCCACGACGACCUCCUGUUCAAGUACCGCGACGAAACCGAGCUCCGCGAACAUCUUUCCCAAUCGGAGAUUUCCCUGCGGAAGGCCAAGGAGAAGGGGGAAUUCGAUGCAGGGGAGGCGUGGAGGGUGAAAUUGAACUCAAUUUUGCCCAGAGAAGGGGUGAAGGUAAAGCACAUCAAGACCGGAGAGAGGAUUUGGUUGUCGAGAAGAGUUUUGGCGGUGUUUUUGUUGAUGACGAUGGCCGAUUUCAGCGAUCAAUUGUACGGAUUUCAGGAUGCGAUGUUCGAAAACUCCGACGGGAGGUUGGAGUUCUCCGGGGACAAUUACCUAGCUCUGUGGCCUGGAGACGGCAGGCCUGGGCUGUGGAUCAACUCGGUCUCGAGGAUGGGCGCUGUUUACUCGUUGAUUGUGAGGGAGGAGGAGAUUGUCGAGAAGGAGAUGGGAAUUAGGGUUUCGGAUGAUGCGACGGCGGAGGUGGAGCUGGUGGUGCCGCCGGUGCUGGAGAGAUGUACGAAGGUAGUGGGGACGAAGGAGCAGAUGGAGGCGCGGGAGCUGUACUGGGAGGCGAUCGCCGGCAAAUGCAAUGGAUCGGGGUCGGAGUUGAAGGAGGCGGAGGAGUUGCUGGUGAGGAGCGUGGAGAAAAAUGGUGUGGUAGGGGAGCCGCGCGUGGUGCUGGCGCAGGUUUAUCUGAGUGGAGGAAGGUUCGAGGAGGCGGAGAGGGAAGCGGCGAUUGGGCUGAAGCUGAUUUUGGAGUGGGGGAGCGCGUGGGAUAAGCGGAUGUCUUGGGAAGGUUGGGUUGCUUGGGCCAGGAUUCUGCUGAUGAAGGCUAAAGAGAAGUUCUGGCCCAACACCGCUUGGGGCGUCUCCAAUUUGGGCCUCGUCAGGUAGACGUGAAAUUCCUCGCCGCAGGCAGUAUCAUCCCGGCGCCUGGUGAACCCAAAAUGUGAUAGUUUCUGGCCUUUGGUAAGUUAAGUUUGCAAUAAUCCAAGAACGAAAAUAAUGAUGAAGUGAAAGUUAUAUAAUAAUAUUUGGCUGCAGAUAUUAAUAAGGAAAAAUCUAGAAAUUGAAACAAAAAAUAAAGAAAAGAAAAUGAAAUGUUGUAUGUGGU